UUUUUGGUGUGCCACAGAAUUUUAGUAGUUUAUGUGUACCAUGAGAUGAAAAAGAUUGAAAAUUGUUAUUCUAGACUAAGCUGCAGGGUGCUGUGGCUGCCUGGGAAGUCCGUCCUGUGCACCCAGGACACAACAAACCUGGGUACUCCCACCUGUUAAUAGAAAUAGUUUAUGUGUGUAUUAGAGAUAGAAACAUAGAAUUGACGUGUGUAAUUGACUUGACAUAAGUGAUCCCAUUUUGUGUGACUUGACAUAAGUAACUCCAUUUUGUGUUACUAAGUGUAACUUUGAAGUAAACAACCUACGCCCUGGCCUGCGCGCCAAUGAUAAGAGAUUAACACCUUGUAGCCCCGGCUCUCUGCCAAGGCACCCUGUAGGACCCCGAUAAGACACACUGAAGACGUCGUCGACUGACACCACGCCUUCGACUGAACUAUUUAAAAGCGGAAGCUUUCGGCCACAUCUUCAGACGCUUGUCUGCCCUCCACGGACUUCAUCUCCAGCUCCGGGAAAGCUGACCCUUGCCUUGCUCUGCCUCGCAUCCUCGGAGAAGGACUGCAGUUACCGACACCGUCGCGGCUGCAUAUCUGAACCUGUGUGUGUCUUUCGGCGGAUCCUCCGGGUGGCCUGCUGGUGCUGAGAACCAUCGGGAACUGCCCCUCCAGGCCCCUGCCCACGUUGCCGGCCUCCCCUUCAUGGGGCCCUACAGGAACCCACGCCUGGGGCUCCCCGGGCGAGAGUCGCCCUCCCAGCCCCCCAAGAGGAGGAAGAAGAGAUACCUUCGGCAUGACAAGCCCCCCUACACCUAUUUGGCCAUGAUCGCCCUGGUGAUCCAGACCGCACCUUCCCGCAGGCUGAAGCUGGCCCAGAUCAUUCGUCAGGUCCAGGCCAUGUUCCCCUUCUUCAGGGAAGACUACGAGGGCUGGAAGGACUCCAUCCGCCACAAUCUCUCCUCCAACCGAUGUUUCCGCAAGGUGCCCAAGGACCCUGCAAAACCCAAGGCCAAGGGCAACUUCUGGGCCGUCGACGUGAGCCUGAUCCCCGCCGAGGCGCUGCGCCUGCAGAACACAGCCCUGUGCCGGCGCUGGCAGAGCAGGGGCGCACGGGCGACCUUUGCCAAGGACCUGGGCCCCUAUGUGCUGAAUGGCCGGCCCUACCGACCGCCCAAGCCUCCCAGUCCCCAGCUGCAGCCCAGCGAGGGCUUCAGCAUAAAGUCUCUGCUGGGGGACCCCAGGGAGGGAGCUCCACAUAGCAGCCCAGGUCGAGUGUGUCCCCUUCCAAAUAAGGAGGCUGUGGUGCCUGCGCCACCCCUUCCCUCUGAGAGGCCUCUAUGGCCCCUCUGCCCCCUCCCAGGGACCAUGAUAGCAGAGAGGGAGACUUCCCAAGGGGGAACCAGCAGGCCCUCACCCCUCUCCCCUGAGCCCAGAGCCUGGCCCCUCCACUUACUACAGGGUACCCCUGACCCCAGAGGACUGUCUGGUGGGAGUCAAGGGGCCUCACUUUGGGGGCAGCUACCCACCUCCUACUUGCCCAUCUAUACCCCCAAUGUGGUAAUGCCCUUGGCCCCACUACCACCCACCUCCUGCCCCCAGUGCCCACCCUCAACCAGCCCAGCCUACUGGGGUGUGGCCCCUGAAACCCACAGCCCUCCACGGCUGCUGUGGGAUCUAGAUGCGCUAUUCCAGGGGGUGCCACCCAACAAGAGCAUCUAUGAUGUGUGGGUGAGCCAUCCCCGGGAACUGGCUGCCCCCACCCCGGGCUGGCUGCUCUCCUGGUACAGUCUGUGAGGCUCCAAGACAGGGGCUGCUUUCCUCUCUCACCCACCCUGCCCCCUCCUG